GGACGGGUUAUGAGUUGAGCUUUCUUGUGUGGAGUGAGACAUCCUGUCUGUGUGAGUUGGAAGUUUUGGCGGAGGAGUUGGCUGGGAGAGGAAGAGUGUGAGCAGAGUGAAAGUCGGUAGGAGUUGAUUAUUUCUGGCGGAUUGCAUAAACUGUACAUUGAAUGUAACUUUAUGGCUUCUACAUCAGGUGGAAAUAGUGGAGAAGAAAUGGAAUGGAUGAUGUCUAGGUCGUCUAGGAGAAAGAGAGAAAUAAGACAAAGACAGGAAAGAGAUAGAAGUUGGUCAGAUGGGAGUCAGGUUAGAGAGGAAAGAAGUAAAAAGACAAAAACAAUAAAAAGUCUGGAAAAACAAGUACAGGGAGAGAGAGGAAAUGGGGAAGAGGAGUGGAAAGUCACAGUCGAGUUUAAACAAGAGGGAGGACAUCUUCAUCCGAUAAAACUAACAAAAGCAAUAGAGAAAGAAAUUGGACAAAUCAAUUCAGCCAGGAUAAUGAAUAACCGAAAGAUAUUAAUUUUUGCUACUAGCAAAAAACAACAAGAACAGAUUCUCAAAAUGACAACCUUGGUAGGUGAAAGAGUCAAAACAUUCAUCCCUGGUGCAGCUACAAGAUUAAGAGGAGUGAUUACAGGAGUUCCACUAGACAUGACAGUUGAAGAAAUCAAACAAGAAAUAAAAGGAGGCAAAGUUAUGGAAGUAACAAGGAUAAAACACAAAAGAGACGGAGUAGUUAAAGACACAAUGGCAAUAAUAUUGAUGUUUGAGGAUGUUGUGCCGGAAUCGGUACAGAUAGGAUACAUAAAUUACAGGGUGAGAGAAUACAUUCCAAAUCCAAUAAGGUGUUUUGUUUGUCAGAGAAUGGGUCAUGUAGCAAAGGAGUGCAAAGGGAAAAUGAGGUGUGCAAGAUGUGGAGGGUCGCAUGAGUAUGGAAAGUGUGAUAAAGACGCUAAAGUUAAAUGUUGUAAUUGUGGAGGAGAACAUAGUGCAGCAUAUGGAGGGUGUAU